AUGGAAACCCUAACAUUCCCUUCACCUCACGCACCACCACUCCCCACACUUCCGUUUGAUCUCGUCGCAGAUAUUUUCUACAGACUCCCUGUCAAACUCCUCCUUCAACUUCGCUGUCUUUGCAAGUCUUUCCAUUCUUUAAUCUCCGAUUCCAAAUUUGUAAAAAAGCAUCUUCAAUUGUCAAUCAAGCGCCCCCACCUCAUUGUAAGCUCUACAAACAACUUAGGUGAAUUACUUCUCAUUGAUUUCCCAAUGUCUUCUGUUUUUUCAACUUCUACUGUUAUGCAAACACAACUGAGUUAUCCUAUUACUGGUAAAAGUGUUGAAUACGGUCUACCUAUGUGUUUGUCAUCUUGCGACGGUAUACUUUGUUUUGCCAUUAAUGCCAAUUCUGUUGUUUUGUGGAACCCUUCCAUUAGAAAAUUUAAAUUAUUGCCUCGUCUGGAAAGUCCAUCAGAAAUAAAUACGAUUUUUCUAUAUAGCUUUGGGUAUGAUCGUUUCAUUGAUAAUUAUAAGAUCAUUAGUAUUUCCUUUUGUGUUAACGACCAAAUCGAUGUUAGUGUUAAUACUAUGGGUACAAAUUUCUGGAGAAGAAUACAUGGCUUCCCAUAUUGUAACAAAAUUUGUGGAUCAGGAGUAUUUGCGAGUGACACUGUUAAUUGGUUGGCAUAUGAUGCUUCAAGUACUUCUUUGCAUGCCAUUGUUUCUCUUGAUUUGGAGAAGGAGUCGUAUCAAAAGCUUUCUAUACCUGAUUUGAAGAAGGACAAUUGCACAUUGGGGGUGAUCAGGGAUUGCUUAUAUAUAUUUGAAUGUAAUGAUAUGUUUUUGGAUGUUUGGAUGAUGAAAGAAUAUGGCAAUAAUGAAUCUUGGACUAAAUUAUACAAUGUUCGUUGUAUGAAAGAUCAGGUUUUCUAUUCCUAUACCAAGGCUUUAUAUAUUUCAGAAGAUGACCAAUUCCUGAUAAAUUUUUAUGAUUUGAGAAGUAAAAAAUUAAAGCUGGCUAUUUAUGAUUCAAAAAAUUGUAUUUGGAAGAAUCCCGGGACUCAUAACGUCAAAAGUUCGAGCAACGUAGAAGUUUACAUUGAGAGUUUGAUAUCUCCUUGUUCUUGA